AUGCUAUUUUAUACAGACCCACAGGCACCUCCUCAACCACAAGCUUCACAGGCACCAACGCCAUCGACACCUGCACCAGCUUCAAACUCCACUCAAAUUCCAGCGCCAAGCUCCACCCAAAAUCCAGCAUCAAACUCAACUCCAGCACAAAUUCCAGCGAUUGCUUCAAAACCAACAUUUAUUUUUACAAAUCAACCUCCGUUGUUAGGAAAAAUAGGAUUCAAUGUUACUUUUACUUGGAAAUAUGAUAAUGGCCAAUUCGAUUUUCUAACACAAUCUUUAGUAGCAGUGGCUAUAUAUAAUUACAGUACAAAUAAAAACUGGACAAUUGAUCCAAACAUGUCAACAACUGCUACUAGUGUAACAUGGGACACUUCAACAAUCGUUAAUCCUUCUUUAAUCGAAGGUCCAUAUUUGUUUUCAAUUUAUAAUGGAUCAGAAUAUUUUAAAGGAGGACCUGUUGCACCCUUCGCUCAACUUCCCUUCAAAAUGUAUCAACCUGGUCAAUCGCCACCUUAUCUAGGACCUUCAUUAGGAUCCUCGAUAAAUAUUCCAACUUUAAUAACAUCUGGAAUUUCAUUUUUAACAGUAUUAUUUACUUACAUUCAAUAUAACGGUCAGUUAAUGUAA